AUGAUUGGGGCCGCCCCCGCAGCCGUCGCCGGCUCCGGGGGAGGGCGGCAGGCAGGGAUGGGGGGGCAGGCAGGGACCGAGGCGGGGGACAGACAAGGACUGGGGCGGGGAAGACAGGCAGCGGUGCAGCGGGCCAAGAACGCCACCUCCAUCCUCAUUGCCAUCGUCAUCACCGCACUCUACUCUGUGGUGUGCGUGGUGGGGCUGCUGGGCAACAUCCUGGUCAUGUACGGCAUCGUCAGGUACACCAAGAUGAAGACAGCCACCAACAUCUACAUCUUCAACCUGGCCCUGGCAGACGCGCUGGCCACCAGCACGCUGCCCUUCCAGAGCACCAAGUACCUGAUGGAGACCUGGCCCUUUGGGGAGCUUCUCUGCAAAGUUGUGCUCUCCAUCGACUACUACAACAUGUUCACCAGUAUCUUCACCCUCACCAUGAUGAGCGUGGACCGCUAUGUCGCUGUGUGCCACCCGGUUAAGGCCCUGGACUUCCGCACGCCGGCCAAGGCCAAGAUCAUCAAUGUCUGCAUCUGGGUGCUCUCCUCCCUCAUUGGGGUGCCCAUCAUGGCCAUGGCGGUCACCAAGUCAAAAGAUGGGAUGGUGCUGUGCACACUCCAGUUUCCUGAUCCUCCCAUUUACUGGGACACCGUGACCAAGAUCUGCGUCUUCAUCUUCGCCUUCAUGGUCCCCAUCUUGGUCAUCACCAUCUGCUACGGGCUGAUGAUCCUUCGCCUCAAGAGCGUCCGCCUCCUCUCAGGCUCCAAGGAGAAAGACCGCAACCUGCGGCGCAUCACACGCAUGGUGCUGGUGGUGGUGGCAGCCUUCAUCAUCUGCUGGACACCCAUCCACAUCUUUGUCAUUGUCUGGACGCUGGUGGACAUAGAUAAGAAGAACCCCUACGUGGUGGCCAGCUUGCAUUUCUGUAUCGCCCUGGGUUAUACCAACAGCAGCCUCAACCCCGUCCUUUACGCUUUCCUGGAUGAAAAUUUCAAGAGGUGUUUCCGAGAGUUUUGCCUGCCUUUCCGAGCCCGUGUGGACCAAAACAGCUUCUCCCAUGCCAGAAACACCACACGGGAGUGCAUCUCCACCUGCACCCCUUCCGAAGCACGCAACAAGCCGGCAUGACUAGACGUGGGCAGACUCCAGCGGGGCUGCC